AUGAGUACUACAGGGAAAGUCAUUAGGUACAGAGCAGCCAUACUCUGGAAGCCUGGUGCACCAUUUUCCAUCGAGGAGGUAGAAGUUGCCCCACCAAAGGCAAAGGAAGUUCGCAUAAAGAUUGUGGCCACGGGGCUCUGUGGUUCAGAGAUGAAAAUGUUGUAGAAUAAAACCUUUUACAACCAUUAUCCUGUCAUUAUGGGCCACGAAGCAGCUGGAAUAGCUUAGAGUGUGGGAGAAGGAGUGAGCACAGUGAAAACAGGAGACAAAGUUAUCACACUCUUUCUACCGCAGUGUGGAGAAUGUGCCUCUUGCCUUAAUCCUGGGGAUAAUUUUUGUAUACAAACCAAACAGUCAGAAUCCAGCCUGAUGUCUGAUGGUACCAGUAGGUUUGCCUGCAAGGGAAAACCAGUGUAUCACUUUGCAAAUACAAGCACCUUCUCUGAAUACACAGUGAUAAAAGAAAUCUCGGUUGCCAAGAUUGAUGCAGUUGCUCCUCUGGAGAAAGUAUGCCUAGUGAGCUGUGGUUUUUCCACCGGGUAUGGUGCUACAAUCAAUACUGCCAAGGUGACCCCAGGUUCCACAUGUGUGGUGUUUGGCCUUGGAGGAGUCGGCCUGAUCAUAGGCUGUAAAGCAGCAGGAGCAGCCAGGAUCAUUGGGGUGGACAUCAACAAAGAUAAAUUUGAGAAGGCGAAGGAAGUGGGUGCCACUGAGUGCAUCAACCCACAGGACUUCAAGAAGCCCAUCCAAGAAGUUUUAUUUGAUAUGACAGGUGCUGGUGUGGAAUUUUGCUUUGAGGUCAUCGGAAAUCCAGAAACUGUGGAAUCUGCCCUGGCCUCGUGCCACGAGAGCCACGGGGUCUGUGUGAUUGUUGGGUUCUUGGCAGGCAUCCGUCUCAACAUCAGUGGCUUAUUGUUUCUUUCAGGACGUUCUUUGAAGGGAACCAUUUUUGGAGGCUGGAAAAGCAGAGAGAGCAUACCUAAACUGGUUUCUGAUUACAUGGCAAAGAAAUUUAAUCUAGAUCCACUAAUUACUCACACUCUGAAUCUGGAUAAAAUCAAUGAAGCAGUUGAAUUAAUGAGAACUGGAAAAUGUAUCCGCUGUAUCCUGCUACUUUAA